AGCCGGCAGUCGGCAGUAGUCGGUAGCGGUCCUCGGGUUGUGUAAAGCUUGCUUAACGUUCGAUAGGCAGCAGCAAAUCGCAAACAAAUAAAUAUUAAAGUUGGUUUUGCAGGUGUUUGCUUAAUUUUUUUCGUGAUAGUUUUAUUAUUACGGUUGGAUUAGCGAUCUUUUUGAGUGAGUUUUAUUCAAGAUUUUGGGAAUAGAAUGAUGAACAAUGGGUAUAGUCAAAGAGGGGAGUUUUAUGCCUCCAAUCCUAACAUGUGCUUUGACAAUAAAGCGAUGGUGACACCUCUGCCAUCUGUCGGCGUCCCUUCACAACCGAACGUUCGCAUCAACAUUACCGAUCCCGACAAAGCAAAUCCCCCCACUCAACAAACAAAGCUGCCAUCUAGUUUGCGAUUCAGGAGACGCAUUCGAGUGCCGCACGCCGUCAACGCAGUUAUCUGCGUCCUCGUUACAGCUGUGAUCAUUUUCCUAGAACUGGGAUACAUUCCCGCCACAAAAACUGGAUUCUACUGCAAGGAUCCGCUACUUUCCUACGAAUUUAAAGGAGAUACAAUCACAGCAACUACAUUACUAGUCAGCAAUUUAUUGUUAGUGCCUCUGGUCGUACUGUUCCUCACCGAGUUUUUCCAAAAAAGGAACCCUUGGCAGAUUUGUGCAAGGGAAGUUUGGUACUUUUACAAGGAAUUUAUUACAGGGUGUGCUUUGGUUCUGCUCAUCACCGAGGUUAUGAAAGCGCUAGUCGGUGAACACAGACCGCAUUUCUUCGACGUCUGUCAACCGACAACUGCCAAAAACUGCACUCCAGGAGAGUACGUCGAAACCUACGAAUGUACCGUCACCAAAUACAGCAACUACUUCAUGUCUGACACUUCUAGAAGUUUUCCUAGCGGCCAUUCGUCUUUGAGUGCAUUUGUUGCAUUUUUCUGUUCCUAUAUUCUACACGCACGACUGUCCACUGUCCAAACAGGCCAAAUCUUCAAACUCUUCACUAUCUCAAUGUGUGUCACGUGGGCUCUAGUCUGCUCCCUGACCAGAAUCACUGACAAACGCCACCACUGGUGGGACGUGGGCGUUGGUAUGCUGCUAGGCACCGUCUGCGCAGCCUAUUCUCUCAGUAUGGUGCGCAGAAAACCCGAAACUAUGCCUCGCGUAGCGAUGUCCACCACUACGUUGUUGGACAUCAAGAACAAGGACGCUAAAAGUGAAAUUAUUUAGGUUAGGUUAUCAAAUGAUGGUGUGGAGAGAUUUAAGAAUCAUACCGCAGAAUAGUUUAAUUGCAUUGACUUUAAUAGUAUUUAUUCUUUAUCCAUAAUAUUUUAAACAAGUAUUAUUAUUUCUAUAACAAAAAUGAUAUCUAUAGAAGUGUUUGCAUGUAAUUAUGGUUGAUUUCGUUAAUUAUGAACAAUUUCCUUCAAAAGGAGCAAAAGAAAUGCUAUUUCUGUUUCUUUUGUAAUUACAUUUACAAAACUGUAUUGCUUUGUAAUAUUAAUGUAUAUACUACAUAAAAAAUGGCUAACGCAUUUUGAAGGCAUCUGACUGAAAGUCUUGCUCCUGUAACUAUUCUGAACCUGUACAUGAUUUUUAGAGAUAUUUAGUGGCUAUAUAUUAUUGUUAAUAUAACUAAACUUAAAAUAUACAGGGUUUUUAAUUAAAAUAGCCAUGUUAUAUAAGUGAUGUUAUUAUUCAGUGAUGUUACUACCUGUCUGGUUGUGUUUUGUUUAUUUUGAUUUACAUUCCUACUGCAUUUAGAGUUUUGACUACCUCCAAUCCGUAAGCCUGCCAGAUAUCACACUAAAUAUCUCUGAAAGUCUUGUACAGGGCGGUCGAAAUUGGCCUGUUUUAACAAAGAAACCCUAUUUCUUGACUAGAUGGAACAAAACAGACAUAGAGAUCAUGGGCUCGAUUUAUGAGACACUUAAGUGUUUAGUUUAAUGGCGUGAACCGCCUGUUGAUAUUUUCACUGCCAACUGAGAUCCGGGGUCUUUUUGAAUUUUUUACUAUUUUGAAAAUUGCUUAUCUAUAAUAUAAUAUCUUAUAUUAUUAUCGCAACCA